AUUCAACAAGAAGCAGCGGCAGCAGAAAAACAUGGAGCACGAGCCACUUACAUAUACACUCCAGCUAAUUCAUGGAUUUGUUACGACACGAAAUCUAAUGUAUCGAAAUUCGCGAUAUCUUAUUAACAUAUUAUUGCUUGUUGUUGUUGUAAGCGGGGUAGUGGAAAAGCUAGGUAGCCAAGCCGACUUUCAUUCACCAGUGAUCGAGUAUCUUCCAGGUUUCGGAGGACGGCUCCCUUUUCAACUCACGACAGGGUAUGUCGGGGUGGAUGAAACAGAGGACGUUCAGUUAUUCUAUUACUUUGUCAAGUCUCAGGGAAAUCCAGAUGUCGAUCCUCUUAUUCUUUGGAUCACCGGAGGCCCUGGUUGUUCUUCUUUCACUGCCCUUGCUUAUGAAAUCGGUCCAUUAUAUUAUAAGCAAGUGGAGUAUGAUGGGACUUUGCCCACCCUGAUCUUAAAUCCGCACACAUGGACAAAGGCCGCGAGUAUAAUAUUUCUGGAGUUGCCUGUUGGUGUCGGUUUUUCUUACAGCAAGACGUCUAUUGCUUCUCACUCUAAUGACACCCAAGCAUGUGCUCAGGCCCUACAUUUCUUAAAAAAGUGGUUCAUUAGUCAUCCUCAGUUCCUUUCAAAUUCAUUUUAUGUUGCUGGAGACUCUUACUCAGGAAUCUUUGUUCCAAUUAUCACACAAAUGAUCUCAAAUGAAAAUAAAGCUGAAGCAGGUCCUGAGCUUCCCAUUAAUCUCAAGGGUUACCUACUUGGAAAUCCUAAAACAUUCCCUCCUGAGGGAAACUAUGGCUUCAGCUUUGCUCAUGGAAUGGGAAUUAUAUCAGAUGAAACAUAUGAGUCAUUGAGGAGAAAUUGCAUACUUGGUGAUCAGAUGUCAGAUUCUGAUAAUGCAGAGUGUUCAAAAGCGACAGAGGCUUAUGACCUGUGUAGGAGUGGACUCUUUGCACCACAAAUAUUGGAGAAAAAUUGUGCUGAGCCGCUGCGCAGGUCAUUAUUUAAUGUACAAACAGCUGUUGUGGAUAAAUUUGAAGAACACAAGAAUCUUAAAGUAGCAUUUUCUCCGAUCAAAUGCCGUAAUGAGGGAUACGCUCUUUCUAGUUACUGGAGUAAUGAUGAGAGUGUGCAGGAAGCACUGCAUAUCAGAAAGGGGACCAUAGGAACAUGGCAAAGAUGCAACGAUGAAUUGUCAUAUGAUAUGGUGAUCACAGACACCAGACCAUAUCAUGCAAAUCUCAGCAGAAAAGGUUAUAGGUCUCUGGUAUACAGUGGCGACCAUGACAUAGUUGUACCAUUUCAAUCAACUCAAGCUUGGAUAAGAGGUCUAAACUACCCCAUUAUUGAUGAUUGGCGACCAUGGAUUGUUGAAGGCCAAUAUGCUGGUUACACAAGGACUUACUCUAACAAAAUGACUUUUGCUACUGUGAAGGGGGGAGGCCAUACAGCACCAGAAUACAAACCUGCAGAAUGUUAUGCCAUGUUGAAGAGAUGGUUAUCAAACAGACCUUUAUAAUCCUUCUACAGCAUAUACCGUGCUUGAGAUAGUGUUGAAUAAAAUGGUUGUUUGUUCGUUUAAGAUAUUGACAUGUGCUUUGCAUUAUGUAUAAUACUGUGUAUCACGGUUCACAUAAUCAUUUACAUGAUAAGGUGAAAGUUGUGCUACUAAGAA